AACCGACAGUCAUCGCCAGUCCUUUCGGAAGCCCCGACGUUUGUUGUUGGCAGUGAGCCUCGUAAUAAUAUUAAGAAAUUCGGCUGCUUUCUUUUUUAAUUCUUUGGUGCUCCACUUUCCAACACUUGUGCGCACUUCCGUCACCCAUUGUUGCCAUUGUCCUUUCGUGAGCCAUGACGUCACCAAAACAAGUGCUGAAGAGCAUCGGGCCGAAAUUGGUGCCGUUCUUCAAGACGUUGGCCAUUUAUUUCGUCGUGUUCAUUCCGGAAGACAAUCCAUCGCUGUUGGCCAUGUUCAUCAAAUGCCUGCCGGUCGCCAGUCUCCUCCUCUUUGUGCUCAUGCACGGAAUGAGCCUCGGCAACGAGUACACCUUUUCACGACGGAUUUUGAUUGGUCUGAUGUUCUCGUGCCUGGGUGACGGGCUGCUCGUUUGGCGUGAGCUCUUCCUCUACGGGAUGGUCUCGUUCGGCAUCGGUCACAUGUUCUUCAUCUCGGCUUUCGGCUUCCAGCCGCUCAACUUGUCGCUAGGCAUUCCCAUGUACAUCGCUUCGAUGUUGGGUCUGUCCGUCUGGCUGCCGCAGCAAACUUUGAUCUACAAAAUGACCGUUCCGAUUUACACGGCCCUUUUGGUCACAAUGGCGUGGAGGGCUGCAGCCCGCGUCCGUUUUUUCGAGGAUCUGUGGACCUGGACGAAACUUUGCUCUUGCGUCGGGGGUUUCUUCUUCGUCAUCUCGGAUGCCAUCAUCGGAUUUCACAUGUUUUAUUCGCCCAUUCCUUACGGCCAGGUGCUGAUCAUGACGACGUACUAUGCCGCUCAGCUGGGCAUCGCUCUCAGCGUUGUCGACUCGAAAGCCAGUUACAUCCGGGAGGAAGAGAGCCGGAAGAAGAAGAAGCAGCAGAGACAUUUACUCUUGAACGAGCAGGAAGGAGGAUCGAUAAUGGCGGGUUCGGCGGGCACCGACAUUCGCCAUCGGCGGAUUGGCUCCGUUGAAAACUAAAAAAGAUAAAAACAACACAACGGCGAGUGAUUCUCUCGGGCCAAUACGGCCGUCACCACAAAUAUUAUUCCCACACAUUUAAUAUCGUAUUUUCGUCUAGUCCUUAAUUAGUUGCCAUGGCAAUCGAAUUGCACUAUUGAAAAAAUUUUGACUCUGUAGGUUGAAUAGAUAUGCAGAGUGUAAACAGAUUUCAACGUUUGUGUAUCACGUAUAUAUUCGACCCGCCAAAUUCGAAUCCGCAAAUAAUACAUCCACCGUAUACGUAAAA